UUCCGAUAGAGAGAGCGGCGUGUCUCAUUCAGAAGAUAAACAUGGAGAAGAGCGUGGGAUCUCUACAGGAACAGGCCCUGAAAAGAAAAGAGAGACUGAAAGCCCUGCGGAAUAAACAGCUUCAUGGGCGAGAGCAGGAAGAUGGGGAGCCUGAAACCAAAAAGGCUGCAUUAGAAGAGGAGACAGAGGAAAAGCACAAAGAAAUUAAACUGAGGAAUUACACACCAGAGGAUGAAGAGCUGAAAGACAGACAGAUUCCAAAAGCCAAACCAGCCUCAGUGGAAGACAAAGUAAAAGAUCAACUAGAGGCUGCAAAUCCCGAGCCCAUUAUUGAAGAAGUAGACUUGGCCAACCUUGCCCCAAGAAAACCAGACUGGGACCUCAAGCGUGACGUAGCUAAAAAACUAGAGAAGUUGGAGAGGAGGACGCAAAGAGCAAUUGCUGAAUUAAUACGUGAGCGUUUGCGAGGCAGCGAGGAGGAGCUAGCAGGAGCUGUAGGAGCUGUGGGAGCAGAUGAAGGGGACUCUGACUGAAGAUGUGAACAAUAAAAAAAGACUGAUUUGUCUGGAACACAAGAGGGAGUAGCCCAAAGCUAAAAAAGGCUGAAAGGCUCCUUCCUGUUCACAUUGUACUGAUUGCUAUUCAUGGUUGUUGUGAUAAUACUGCGUAUAUGCAGUAGUAUCUUUGUAAACAGGUUUAAGAAUAUUUUUAUAUUUUCCAGUAAGUGUUUUUGGAAAUGUGUCAAUGCAAUGAACAACAGUAAAAUGACAUUUUACUUUUUUUAUUCAGA